UGCACUAGAACUGUGUCUGUGUUCUGUGGCAGAACUUUUGGAUCGAAAGCUCAAAAAUAAAUUCCUGAUGAAUAAAGAAAUUCUCUCGGAUUUACCAGAGAAAGAAAUCCUGCGACAGGCAACGAGAGGACUCCAGUAUUUGCAUGAAAACAACUUUGUCCACCGAAACAUCAAGCCAAAUAACUUCCUUAUUAAGAAAUUGGAUUCGUCCGUGAACAGUGCAUGCCGAUAUGUGGUUAAAAUAACUGAUUUUCGUCUGACCAGAAGGCAUGACCCUGAGAACGAUAUUAAGCUAUCGGGAUCUGCUGCAUCAGAAGGAUGGGAAGCACCGGAAAGCGGGGAUAAGACAAAAGAUCUCAGCACAAAAUUGGAUGUCUUCAUUCUAGGUUGUUUCUAUCACUAUGUCCUAACCGCACGGACGGGCAACAACGAACCCAAACAUCCAUUUGGCAAUCACGGAGUGCGUCGGGACAACAUACGAGAUACUACGUAUUUCGUCUAUCAAAAAAACCAUGAGUUAGUUCUCAGCGAUCAGAACAAGAACGUAGUAAAGCUUAUCAAGUCGAUGUUGAAGUUCAACGAGGGUGAACGUCCAGAAUUAGAAGAAGUCCUUCGCAGUCCUUAUUACAACCCUUCCGAAGAUUAUAAGAUAGGUGAUAAGAAAUAUAAGAAACCUGGCCUUUGUGUUAUCUUUAACCAGCAGGUUUUUCAUGAUAAAACACAGAACCGCGGUGGGAGCGACAAGGACCGUGAUAAGUUAGAGAAGACGUUUAAAAAAUUGGGUUUCAAAAUUGAAAUUAUUGAAAAUAGUGCAUCGUUUGAUUUGAAAUCCGAUAUCAAGGAUCUGGCCAAAAGAGAUUGGAAGGAUUAUGGUUGCCUUGUUGUAUGUUUUUUAUCUCAUGGAAUCGAGAACGAGAUCAUGUGUUACGAUGGUCUUUACGUUAAUAUUAAUGAACUUAAGUACGAGUUCUCUUUGGCUAAGUGCCCCAAUCUGUACGGCAAACCAAAAAUAUUCAUCGUUCAGGCUUGUCAGGGGGAACUGAGUCAGAGCGAAACGGAUAUAGUUUAUCCUUCUCGCAAUUCGUCACACGCCGCUACGAAGCUGCUUUCCCACAUUUGUGAUACCGUUUUAUUUGCUCUCGGUAAAUGGCAAUCACCUUCCAUAGCCCAAUCGCCAAGAAUGGAAGUUAAUACUAACCGUGAAAGCGAGACACCACAAAAACUUACGAAGUAUCCUCCACUGAUGGAUUUCAUAACAAUCAAAGCAACUCUGGCCGGCUUCGAAGCCAACCGAUUAUACAAGAACGGUAAAGUGAGAGAGUAUUUGGGUAGUUCUUUUAUUCAAGCUCUCUGUGAGGCUUUGUGGGAAGCAUAUUUGAAUGAAAAACCCUCGUAUGCUGAUCUCGAAAGCGUAGUUAAAUGUGCCCAGGAUAAAGUAAAUGAAAAGUUAGAAAACGUAGAACCAAAGCAGCGGCAAACGCUGGAAUCGAUUGUAAGCCUGAAAAAAUACAUUCGAUUUCGCAAAUGUAAAACGGAAGACAUUGCCCAUGAAACUAGCAAGAUUGAUAGAAAGGAUGAAUAUCAUUUCAUCCAAAUGCCAGCAUUUCUUAAAGAUGGAGGUUCAGUUUAAAUUUGGCAUGUAAUGCCCAGUAGUAAAACAACAGGAGAUCCAAAUCGUUGUGAACUAAUCUUGCCUGUUUAAAUUGUUCUGCCAUUAUAAAAUUGCCAUCUGUAAUAUCUCUUGCUUUGUGCUAUCUAGCUUUGUCUAAUGAAUAUUUGGGGAAGAAAACUGGGAACAAGACAUCCAAUGUAUUCGCCCAUACUGCCUUUGCUUGAUAACUGUGGAGCUUCUGACCGAAUAAAGUGCAAUAAUUUGGAAAUACUUAGCGGAUAACCCUGAACAACGCACGAACUGGAUUGAAAUCCAAUUAUUAAUAAAGAAAACA